GGCUCUGUUCGCUGUGCCAGGGUCUGCUUUCGACUCACGGCUAGGAGAUACAUCGAUACCGGGGGCUAGCAUUUCUUUGGACUAUUACUCUAAAAACGCGGAAUAAUCCCAAAUCUUGCGGGGUAGCCUGCUGAAGAAGCAAUAUGUCGACGAUAUCGACGCAUUUGAGGACCUUCAAGGAACCUAACAAGGAACAGAUUACACAGUUGUUCUUCUCCGUCCCUCCAAGCCUUACGGCUCGGUGCGAGAAGGAUGGGCUCGAGAAGAUGGAGAUAAACGCGGUGCUGAGUAUGAGCGCGGAGGCAGAGGAGGACUCGUAUGCGGGAAAGCUCCACCUAAUACCACCCUUCCUGUGUUUCGCCUCGCUGGACCGGAAGUCAUGCCGGUUUACAUUGCCGCUGUGUACUAUACGGAGGGUGGAGAGGUUGAAUGCUAGAGCAGGGAUAUACGCUCUAAGCUUGUCUCUUUGGCAUGGAAUGAAGAUAGUGGUACAACUAACCUCCCUUAGGCCGACUGCUGAUUUGUUCUGUGCCAGUCUACGCGAUUCUUUGAAGGCCGAACUGCAGCAUGGCCAGAUGAAAGCCGUCAGAAGCUUUGUGAAGACUUGCUACUCGGAGACCCUCGUUGCCUCAGAGGCCCAGGCUGGGGAGGAGGAACAAGAAGAGAAGGUUGCACCCGAGGGAACUGACAAUGUCGAGACUCCAUAUCACGGUGGUUUGGGGCUCAGGUUUAAGUUCCCGGGAGAUCCCAAAAAACUGAGAGAAGCCUCCAAAGUCAAGUUAUGGAAGACUUACCUACGGACUCACGGUCGUAACCUCACUCUCCUACGCUACCCUCAAUGCACGCGCCUUGUGCAGGUCGGGCUGCCGAACCGACUGCGCGGUGAGAUGUGGGAGGUCCUUUCUGGGUCUUUAUAUCUCCGUUUCAGCAACCCCGGUGUGUACGAGGAGAUAUUGAAAGAGAAUGAGGGCCGGACGAGCACCAGCACCGAAGACAUCGAGAAAGACUUGCAUCGUAGUCUGCCUGAGUACUCGGCGUACCAAUCAGAAGAGGGUAUUUCGGCUCUUCGCAGGGUAUUACAAGCAUACUCCUUCAAGAACCCGGAACUAGGAUACUGCCAGGCCAUGAACAUACUUGUCGCUGCGCUUCUAAUCUACAUGUCCGAAGAGCAGGCAUUCUGGCUUCUGGAAGUCGUUUGUGACCGUCUGCUUCCGGGCUACUACAGCACGUCCAUGCAUGGCACACUUCUCGAUCAGAGGGUUUUUGAAUCUCUUGUCCAGAAAUGCCUGCCCAUCAUCCAUGACCACUUCCAAGAAGUAGACGUCCAGCUCUCAGUUGCCUCCCUACCAUGGUUCCUGAGUCUGUUUAUCAACAGUAUGCCCAUGGUUUUUGCUUGUCGCAUAAUCGACUGCUUCUUCUGCAUGGGUCCAAAGGUCCUAUUCCAAGUCGGACUCGCCAUUCUGAAGAUUAAUGGUGAGGAGCUUUUGAAGAUUCAAGACGAUGGAGGUUUCAUCCAGCUAAUGCGAAGUUACUUCUCCUCGUUGGGCCAGUCAGCGCACCCACACUCCCCCGACCCGCGUGCGCGUGCUAUUACCCGGUUCCAAGAGCUUUUAUUAGUGUCUUUCAGGGAGUUUUCUAUCAUCACGGAUGAUACCAUCUACAGCGAGAGGAAGAAGUUCAGGAAUGAGAUUGUAUUCAGCAUCGAGUCCUUCUCCAAGCGAGCAGCUAUCCGCAAUUUGAAGACACUGGAGCGGUUCACUAAAGAGCAGGCAGGCUUGAUAUAUGAUGCACUCUACAGAGCUAUGUGCAUCAUCCCACCACCUGCAGAAGUAGCAAGACCGGCGCCGACGCUCAUCAGCGACGGUAACGAGGAAAAGCCGGAGACGCGUAUCGGUCUGCGCACCUUCCGCGUAUUCCUUAGCGAGAUUGCUACGUGGGCGAGGGACGAAAAAAUCAUUAUCAAUGGCUUCCAGCAAAGAGUAGACCGUGAGGUUGCUGAACACGAGUUCAUAGACCGCCUCUUCUAUUUCUGGGACGUGCACUGCAAAGGUGCCUUAUCUUUCCAAGAUCUCGUAUCGGGACUGGAUGGUGUUAUGUUCAAUGACCUAAUGGAAAACAUCGAAUGGUUUUUCAACCUUCACGACAAGAAUAAGGACGGGUAUCUCACUAAAGAUGAAGUGUUGACUUUGUCCGAGUCCCUCUUGUUCAUUUUCCGGUUUGAGAUCGGAGACGCGUACCUCGGAGCCGUCAGUCGAUUCAUGACAAAUGCCUUCGAAUAUGGUGAUGCGUUGCUCCCUCAGCCUGAAGGGCAGGGCGACUCUGAUGAGCCGCCACCGACUCCCGGGAUUGCCUCCAAUCAACCGUACUUGAACCUCGCGACGUUCAGGAUGGUGGUCCUGGCAGAUGAGAUCUUGGAAUCCUUCUUCGAGACUGAUCUGUCGGCCUCGUUCAAGCUUGAACCUGUCCCUAUGAUGGAAUUGCCCUCGUCGGGCAAUGGCUUCCUUGGAGACCUCAUCUCAAACAUUGCCACCGAUGACAACAAGAAGCUCUUUAACAGGUUCACUGACCAGAUUGGGCGGACCAUCGGGAAACAUCAAGUCAUACAUAGACCCGCCAUCGGACGGUUUACCAAGCUAGAGGAGCCUAAGGCUCGUGAAUCGUUACUGACCCCUUCGAUGCGGCCUUCGACAUCAACGUCGUCACUGUCACCGACGGACAGGGCCCAGUCACCUGGCGCAUCCACAUCCAACCUGUCUCUGAGUUCUGAUGCUCGGUCGACGACAGAGACAUUGGUGCAAGGCUCGGAGAUGUCGCCAAUAUCGAUCAUGAAGACGGCCAAUGAAGCGCUCAUGGAGCGACCGCAGUUCGCCAUUGACGAUGCGCUGGAUGAUGAUACCGACGAUGAGCUUGGAGGGGAGGAUGAUGGGGUUAUGGACGAGGUGGAUGCCUUCCUGGAGGCACACGACUCUGGUUUGACCGACGAACAGAAGGAAGUCGCGAAAGAUCUGCUCAAUGCGAAGCCUGUCAAGUAGGCUAUAGGCCAAUCACCCUAGAUAACCUCGUUCACGGACAUGUCGCUAGUUUCGGCUGCUCUUUGGAUUACAUAUGUAUAUUUGACAUGAAGUCGAUUCUGCCACCUCGGCAUAUUUGUGUUACAGAGAGGACGCAUGGGCUACAGUAUGAAAUACACUAGGAAGAAAAAGACAUGUGCAUGGACGUGAAGUGUCAAGAUCCACUACGUGUGUCAGACCAUAUUCGGAUGGAUAAAUCGGUGUCUAUUGAUCCAGACGCGAUCAUAUUUUGCUGGGGGUGAGUCGAAACUGCGACUACCACGUCUUGAUGUCCUUCAAGCACCUGGACAACUUCCCGGCUUUGGAGGUCCCAGAGAUACACCUUGUUAUCUUCGCUGCCAGAAACGAUCCACUUGCCCCCGGUUACGCUAAAGCAUGCGGCGAUGCAGUACUUCACGUUGCGGUGCCCGGUGUAGGUCUUCAGGCAGCGGGAGGUCUGGUAGUCCCACAGCCGGAUGGCGCUGUCGUGUGCGGUGGAGAGGAUGUAUUUUGAGUUGGGGGAGAACUGGACGUGUUGGCAGAUAGCGUCGUGGCCUUCUGCGAGGGUCUUCAGGCACUGGCCGGAGGUUGUGUUCCAUAUACGGAUUAGGCCGUCCAGGGCGCAGGAAACUAUCAGGGUAGCAUCUCUAUUGAAAUGCACAGCGGUCACAUAAUCCAGAUGGCCGUGCAGAGUCUUCAUGCACUUGCCCCGACUGGUAUUCCAGAUCCUGAUGUCCCCGUCACAGCCCCCGGAUACGAGCAGGUUCGACGAGGUGUUGUAAUUCAGGCAGAAGACGUAACUUGUGUGCCCCUUCAGGUGCUUCGUGGUCAGGCCAGAGUCAACAUCCCAUAUCCGGAUGGUCGUAUCGUCCGACGCGGACGCGAGGUACACACUGUCCGACGACCAUGCGAUGUCGGACAGACCUUUCGUGUGCCCGUUCAAGUUCCGUAUGAGCUCCCCAGUGAAUGGAUUCCAUAUUUUAACUGCCUUGUCAUUCGCGCAUGACGCUAAAAGGGUCCCAUCUGGGCUAAAUUUCACGGCCGAUAUCGAUGAUGUGUGUCCUCUAAGUGUAUGUCGCAGCUCAUAAUGCGGCCUCUCGCGAGUACUCGCCGAAGCACUAGGUUGGGCGGGC